AUGGUUAUUACAUUCAUUGUACCUCCAUUUCCUAUAAUCAACUGGAUAGAAAUGGUGAAAAAUUGGACCGCUUUGGAAAUUACACCCAAUUGUAUUACACGUAUUGAUGAUUCUACUAAAGAUAGAGAAGACGAAGGUGCAUUGUGUAUUAAUGGUCUUUUAUCGUGUUGUAUUCAAGAAGAUUAUGAAUUGAUUAUGAAAAUUUUAUUGAACAUGUUUUAG